GAUCCAAACGUAAAAGCAGCUGAGCAGAAGAACAUUGAGGCAUGCAUGGAAAAAAUGAAGCCACAGUUUGAGGACAGUGUGACUCAGAAAUUAGAAUCAAGCAAUGGAGAAUCUGAUCCAAAGAGCAAGCAGGCUCAUCCCACCUUAGCUCCAAUGGACCGAAUGGAUAAUAAAUGGCAAUAUUUACAACAAGAACUGUUGUCAAAAAUAAAGUCUCCUCUCUUCAAGAUCGUGGAACCUCAGACUACAAUAAAGAUGAACAUGCUGCCCCGAGGCACGUUUGCCAGUGCAGGAACCCCAACUGUGGAAGAACUGAAAACUUACGCUGUCCAGCUGGGAGACCUAAGCCAAGAAGCAAACGUGGUGCAUGCACAGGAUAACGUGGCAGAGAAAGUCUCUUCCAAUUUGGACAGAAAAUUGUUUGAGCUGCUUCUGGCAAUCAGCCGAUGCUUGAAUAAUGUGGAGGAGAUGUUGAACACCUCAGUCCUCUCUGCUGAAGAGGCAGCCAUGCAGCAGGCUCUUUAUGAGAAUGCGACCAGGCUGCUCUAUGAUCAGUUAACUGAGAAAAAAGCUACUCUGCAACAGUGCUUGAAUGCAAUAUCUGGACAUAAUGUUUCUGAACAGCUUCAGAAAACUGACGCCUAUGCUUUGGAGCUGGAAAACUUUGAAAAACAAGUAGCAAAAUUGGAAGGCCAUGGGGAAAGAUUUCAGUUACCUAUCACCUUAAUCCAGGAAGUUUAUAAAUUAGAGGAUACUUUGGAUGACAUGUGGGGCAUUCUGAAAGCAAAGUAUGCGGAGCUGAACUCUCCUUCCAUGAGUGACAGACAAUAUGAGGAUUUACUUCAUGGAUUUGCACAGCUGGUAGCUAUUGGACAAAAGAAGAUGGCACGAGAUCCAGAGCAGCUAAUGAAAAGCAGAGCAGCUCUACAGUCCUACCUGGAAAAUCAGAAGGACUUUCUGCACAACCUCGUGACCCACAUGGCUUUCAUGCAAGCGUUUUCCAAGAGAGUGACUCCCUUCAUCCUACAAAAGAGAGAGGAAUUCUGGAGAGAGCUGGUGGAUGAAGUCAAGUUGCUGAAGCAAAAGGCCUUCCAGCAUGUUAUACACUUAGAAAGCCUGUUAAAGGAAUGGAUGGAAUUUGAUGAUGAAUACCUGGUUAUCAAUAAUGAGUUAGAGGCACUUGCCUCCUUGUUGCCUUCUGUGAAUUUGGUUGAAGAAACAGAAGAAAGAUUAAUGGAAAGGAUUGCACUUCUACAGCAAAUCAAAAGCAGUGUUGAUGAAAAGCGUGCCAGGCUGUACCAGAUGGUGGAAGAAGGGAAGAAAUUGCUGACUGCUGUGAACAGUCCAGAAAUAAGAAGCCAGAUUUGGAAGCUGGAAGAGCAGCAGUUCUCUUUAACCAAAAAAGUUGACCAUGAACUACACCGACUUCAGCCAUUCCUCAAACUCUUGGUCAGCUACAACAGAGACUCGGCGGAAUUAAUGAAAUGGCUGGAUUCUGCUCAGCAGAGAAUGAAUUUUUGGAAGGAGCAGUCUCUCAACGUGUCACAAGAUCUUCCCACCAUCAGGGAUAAUAUCAACAGCUUGUUGGCAUUUUCUAAGGAAGUUGAUGAAAAAUCUUCCCUGAAGUCAUCUGUAGUGAGCACUGCCAACCAGCUCUUUCACAUGAAGCAAGCCGAAACUGCAGCACUUAAGUCAUCUUUGGCAAACUUUGAGCAAAAAUGGGGAGAACUGAUUACACAGCUCCCAGCCAUCCAAGAAAAGCUUCACCAGCUUCAGAUGGAAAAACUUUCAUCACGGGAAGCUAUUGCUGAACUAAUGGCCUGGCUGGACCAUGUGGAACAACAGCAGGGACAUGAGGAGCCAAUAAAUUCACAACGUAGUGCUGCCCAAGUCAGAAGCCUCCUUCAGAAGUACAAGGAAUAUAUGAUGGAAAUGAAAUUUAAACAGUGGACUGUAGAUUUUGUUAACCAGUCGCUCUUGCAGAUGAGCACUUGUGAUGUGGAAAGCAAGCGGUACGACAGGGUAGAAUUUGCUGAGCGUCUUGGAGAGAUGAACCUGCGCUGGCAAAAGCUGCAGGCGUCUCUGAAGAGAAAGAUGCAAGACCUGGAAGAGAUUUUGAGGGACAUGACUGAAAAUGAGAAGAAAGCACAGACUGUACGCGACUGGCUGGAGGCUCAGAGUGAUCAGCUGAAAUCUUUACAAACACCAGCAAGUCCUAUCUCUGCGCAGAACACAUUAGAUAAUUGCAAGGAUCUAGAAAAUCAGCUCACAACUCAAUCCAAAAUCCUUGAUGAGCUCAAGCAGAGUUUGGCUUUGAAUGACAGUGCAGACCAAACCCCAGAAGCUCUAUCGCUCGGCAUAGCUGAGCUGUGUGAAAUGUUGGACAGCAUUGUAAGCCAGGUUGCACAGUUAAAGACCUCAAUGCAGUCAAUACUGGAGGAGUGGGAAGUAUAUAGCAAAGCUUAUGCGGAAGUCAGCCUGAUGACGACAAGAUAUUUGUGCCACAGAGACCAGUGCAAACCUUCUGUGGUGUCACUGGAAGCUUUGAGAAACCGGGUCAAAACUCUCCAGUCUCUUCAAGAUGAAUCGGAGAACAGUGAAGAAAUUUGGGCUAAGCUCCAGGCUGCUGCCAGUAACCUGAAGAAGAACUGCUCCCCCUCCUUUGCAGAGAUUAUUGAGCAGAACUUCACAAAGGAACACGCUCGAUGGAACUCAGUAAAUGAAGACAUCACAGAUCAACUGCGGGCAGCGCAAGCAACCCUGCAGCUUUGGGAGUCCUUCGAUACUUUAUGCACUGAGGCAGCAGCCAAGUUACAAGAGCACAGAGAGCAGUGCACUCAGCUCUUGGAUGCUCACAUACCCGAGGAUAAUGUGAUAGAAACCCUGAAGCAGAAGAUACAGGAUAUAAAGAAUUUACAGCAUGGCCUUCAAAAGAUAGCAGCACGCCGUGCCGAGAUUUCUUUGAUGGCUGAUCAGAUAGAACAGCAGGCUGGGACAACUGCACGAGCCAGUCUGUUGGAGAAGCUGCAGCCGCUCCAGAGAGUAUCUUAUUUGGAAAAGAUGUUGCAGAGGAAGCUAGAUGAAUUUGAGUUCAAUCUUUUACAAAUGGAGGAUUUUGAGAAGUGCCUUGAAACGCUGGAGGGUCAUGUCAAGAGUCUCACAGGCGCCUUCGAUAGUCUCUGUCUGGAGGGAGAAAUGGGCCACUCGGAAUUGCUCGUGAAUCAGACACUGAAGCUUGCUGCACUUUUUCCAAGCAUAGAGAGUUUGAAUGAAGAAAGCAUUAAGCUGCCACUCAGUGACUUCACCCUGAAGAAAAUUCAGAGCCUGACUCGGCAGUGGAGUCAGAAAACAGCAACUGCUCUGGAACACUGCAGUGUGGUUGAGGGAACUCAAAAUGAUGGAAAGAAAUUAUUUCAGAAAUGUGAAAAAUUGAUGAAAUUCCUAGAAAAAAUGCAAGAGGCCUUAAAAACAGAUAUUCCAGGACGGCUGGAAGAACUACAGGAGCAACAGAGAGUAUAUGAGAUGCUGCAAAUUGAGAUUUCCAUAAAUCAGCAGACAUUUGAUUCUGUCAUUCCAGAAGUUUUACUCUCCUUGGAAUCUGGAGAAGCAGAGAAAAG